CAACCAACCAUCACCUCCUCCGACUCCAACCCUCGCUCCUCUUUUCUCUGCUCCGGCUCCUGCCGCUGUAGUAGAUAGAGACUCCGCAGUCACGUGGUUCACGGAGAGAGAGAGAGAGAGAGAGAGAGAGAGAGAGAGAAGCGGACUCUCCAUAUCUUCUUCCUCCUCCUCCUGCUGCUGCUCCUCCUCCACCUCCGCAGUUCGCAGUGUGUUGUGUCUCAGACUCAGAGGCAGAGUCAGAGCUCCAGCCGCCGGUGUCUCCUCUCGUCCUCUCCCCGCUCCCCUCCUCACUUCCCCGGCUUCUCUGUCUCGGCGGAGCUGCGGACAAGUCUGCUCCUGUCUUUUCUCCCCACCUCCUUCGCCUCCUUUCUUCUCCUCCUCUCUUUUUCUUCUCCACCAACAGUUUUCGGAUUUUUCCUUCCUCCCACUGUUGCUGCUGCUACUGCUUCCUCCACGCACCCGCGAUCAAUUUUGAGGGAUUUUUUUACACCUCAGUGGAGAAAAAAACAAAACAAAAAAGAAACAAAAAAAGAGAAAAAUCAGGGACGAGGAUCCGCGGAGGCACCUGGUCGGAGCAGGAGCAGGAGAUGAUGAUGGAGGUGCUGAUAUUGUUCUUUCAUUCCCUGUGGAUACUGCGAUGCAACACCGUGAGCGCGGACUCCAUCAUUCACAUCGGUGCCAUAUUUGAAGAGAACGCCGUGCGGGACGACGAAGUGUUCCAGCUCGCCGUGUCGGACCUCAGUCUGAGCGAUGACGUCCUGCACAGCGAGAAGAUCACACACUCUAUUAAACUCAUCGAGCCCAACAACCCCUUCCAGGCUGUACAAGAAGCCUGUGAGCUGAUGAACCAGGGCAUCCUGGCGUUGGUGACGUCGACAGGCUGUGCGUCGGCCAGCGCUCUACAAUCCCUGACCGACGCCAUGCACAUCCCUCACCUGUACAUCCAGAGGAACAGCGAGGGGGCGCCGCGCACCGCCUGUCAGUUCACCCCCAGUCCAGGAGGGCAGCGCUACACCCUGGCUGCGCGGCCGCCGGUGCGACUCAACGAGGUGAUGCUGACACUGGUGGAGGAGCUGCGUUGGCAGAAGUUCGUGGUCUUCUACGACAUAGACUACGAUAUCCGAGGACUGCAGAGCUUCCUGGACCAGACUUCUCGUGUAGGUGUGGACGUCGCCCUGCAGCGCGUGGACAGAAACGUGAGCAAAGUCUUUAGCGCCCUCUUCAGCAGCAUGAAAACCGAGGAGCUGAACCGGUACCGGGACACACUGAGGAGAGCCGUGCUGCUGCUGAGUCCACAGGCGGCGCACACCUUUAUCCAGCAGGCUGUAGAAACAAACCUGGCUUCAAAAGACAGUCACUGGGUGUUUGUGAAUGAGGAAAUUAGUGACACGGAGAUUCUGGAGCUUACCCACAGUGCACUUGGGCGGAUGACAGUGAUCCGUCAGAUCUUUCCUCUGUGGAGAGACAGCAGCAGCCGCUGCAUAAGGCAGAACCACCGCAUCUCUUCACUGCUCUGUGACCCACAGGAGGGGUAUUUACAGAACUUAGAGGUGUCCAACCUCUACCUGUACGACAGCGUUCUGAUGCUCGCCAAUGCCUUCUACAGGAAGCUGGAGGACAGGAAGUGGCACAGUAUGGCCAGUCUCAACUGCAUUAGGAAGUCCACCAAACCCUGGAACGGAGGAUGGUCCAUGUUGGAGACCAUUCAGAAGGGGAACAUCACUGGUCUGACUGGGAUCAUGGAUUUUAAAGACGGAGGCUCCAACUCACACGUCCAGUUUGAGAUCCUGGGAUCCAGCUUCAGUGAGACCUUCGGCAAAGACAUCAAGAGGCUUGCCACCUGGGACUCAGUUCAGGGUCUGAACGGCAGCCUGAAGGAGAGUCGUAUAGAGAGUGGGAUGCAGGGUGUGACAGUCAAAGUGGUUACUCUGCUGGAGGAUCCAUUCGUCAUGGUGGCUGAAAACAUCCUGGGUCAACCAAAGAGAUACAAAGGGUUCUCCAUCGACGUUCUGGACGCACUCGCCAAAAUCCUGGGCUUUAAAUAUGAAAUCUAUCAGGUCAGUGACAGUAAAUAUGGAACUCAGCUUCCAAACGGUUCCUGGAACGGGAUGAUCGGUGACCUCAUUAGUAAGAAAGCAGACCUGGCUGUGUCGGCCAUCACCAUCACUCCUGAGCGGGAGAAUGUGGUGGACUUCAGUAAACGGUACUUGGACUACAGCGUCGAAAAACCCGAGGAGAAGAUCAACAUCUUCUCGCUCUUCGCUCCCUUUGACUUGGCUGUGUGGGCCUGCAUCGCUGCCGCCAUCCUGGUGGUGGCAGUGUUGAUCUUUCUCCUUAACAGACUGCAGGCUCUGCGCUCGUCUGCCAACCAGAACGCUGCACCUGGUCAGCCGACCAAUGGUGUAGGGGCGGGGUCGUUGAACAGCGCAAUCUGGAUUGUUUACGGAGCUCACUGUGAACAAGGUGGUGACAGUCUUGUGGGCUCCAUGGCUCUGAGGAUCGUCAUGGGCAGCUGGUGGCUCUUCACUCUCAUCGUAUGUUCAUCCUACACUGCCAACCUGGCAGCCUAUCUGACCGUGUCACGCAUGGACCACGCUAUAUGGACUUUCCAGGACCUGGUUCGGCAGAUGGACGUGGACUACGGCACAGUUCGGGACUCGGCGGUCUAUGACUACUUCCGAAACAAAGGCACCAACCCUCUGGAGCAGGACGCCACCUACGCCGAGCUGUGGAGGAGCAUCAGCAAGAACAACGGGCUGAACUACUGCGUGUCCAGUCCCUCAGAGGGAAUACGCAAGGCUAAGAAGAGUGCCUACGCCUUCCUGUGGGACAUGGCGGUGCUGGAGUACGCUGCUCUGACCGACGACGACUGCACCAUCACCGUGUCAGGAAACAGCAUGAGCAGCAAAGGUUACGGCAUCGCCAUGCAGCACGGCAGCCCCUACAGAGACCUGUUCUCCCAGAAGAUUUUGGAGCUACAGGAGAAGGGAGACCUCGACAUCUUGAAGCAGAAGUGGUGGCCUCGUACCGGCCGCUGUAACCUCAACAGCCACGGCAGCGCCGGUCCAGACGGUCGCUCUCUCAGGCUGCACAGCUUUGCCGGCGUCUUCUGCAUCCUGGCUGCCGGCCUGCUGCUGGCCUGUCUGGUGGCUGCACUGGAGGCUUGGUGGAGCAGCAGCAAUCACUGCCGACAGGAGCAGCCCAAAGAGGACAAAGAGGUGAACCUGGAGCAGGUGCACCGGCGUAUGAACAGUCUUUUGGACGAGGACUUGGCCCACAAGCAGAUCCCCGGCCCCUCUAUCGAGAUCUCUGCGCUGGACAUCGGCAGCCCAGCGUCCUCACUGGCGCCUUCUCUGGGGACAGGGCAGGACUACCACCCAUCCUCGGGCCUUGCUGUGACCACCUUCCUCCCAGGGGAGGGGGGCCCGCCUCCUCCUCUCCCCCUCCCUCACCAUGGGGGGACCCUGGGCAGGACGCUGCCCCCGUCCCAGGGCCCUGGCAGCAGCACGCUGCCGCCGCAGUCGCACCACUCACUCAGCGCCGCUCUUCAGUGCAAACACAGGGCGCCCAACGGGGGGCUCUUCAGACAGAGUCCUGGAAAGACCCCCAUGCCCCUGUCUUACCAGGCAGUCUCCGCAGGACCCAGACCCGAAGCCAUUGACCCCGCUCACAGUACGUCCAUAUAGUUACAACAAGGGGGGAGAGAAGGGGGGAGCAGGACGAGUCUGGACUUUUGGUCCAGUUUUUGACGCAGAGAAAAAAAUAUAACAAAAAACUAAACAAAAGUAAAUUUUGUAUUUCAUGAUCUUAUGCUAAAAUUAUAAAAAAAAAAGCUGGGGUGGGGGCGCUGUACUGUCUUGUACAAACAUGUAAAUACAAAGAGAACGAUGUGAAGUCAAAGUGUAUUUUGAAUAUUCUCAAUUUUUGAAGUUGAGUUGUAAAAAAACUAAGAGAAAAAAGUGACAAAAAAACUCCUAAAUAUCUUUAAUUGAUGAAAACGUUACGACUGUUUAAACGGUUUGUAAAUUUUGUUCCAUAUUAAACAACAAUGACGCA